AUGGAUUUUGUUAAAAGUUCUAUUGGUUUUAAUGAAAGCAUUGUGGUUGAAUCUAAGGGCUCUGCUGGAGGUUUAUGUAUGAUGUGGAAGGCAGGAAUCUCUGCCCAUUGUGUUGAGUUCAAUAAAAAUCUGAUUGCCAUCAGAGUUUCUGACCCAAUAUGUGACUGGAUAAUAGUUGGUUUCUAUGGCCCUCCCUACCCAGCCAAGAAAAAGAAAUCCUGGGAAAAUCUCUUUGCUCUCCUUAACUCCUUCCAAGGCCCUUGGAUAUGUCUAGGAGAUUUCAAUUUCAUCAUCAAUGAGAAUGAAUCAUCCAAUAAAAAAAGCGGUGAAUCGUCAGCUCCAAACUAUCUUAAAGAGCUUAUGCUGGAGUUUGGUGCAAUUGACUUAGGCUUUUCAAGAACUCAUCUAGGAGCCAUUAAUUCAGAUCAUGCUCCUAUUCUCCUAGAAACAAAUCCAGAAGAUACCUUUGCCCACAGACCUUUCAGAUUUGAAGCAGUGUGGAUUAGAGAUGAUAGAUGUGCCACAGUGGUAGAAAAGGCUUGGAUUAAAGAAGUCAGAGGAUCAGAUUUUGUCAAGCUGUAUAAAAAACAAGCUGGCACUAGAGACGCUCUCCGCAAGUGGAACAAAGAAGUUUUUGACAACUGCCAAUCUAGAAUUAACUUGCUGCUUCAAAAAAUCAAAGACAUCCAAAGCAAUGAUGACUCUGCGGAUAAUGGAUUAUCUAAAGCUACUUUGCUAUCUGAGCUAUCUAAGUGGCUCCUUAGAAGCGAGAUUUUGUGGCGGCAAAAAUCUAGGGAAUUGAGGCUAAAAGAAAGAGACAAUAAUUCAAAAUUUUUCCACCUCUCAACCAUAAUCCGCAGAAGACAUAAUCAUAUUGAUGCAAUUAAAGGAGAGAAUGGAAAUUGGGUCACAGGGUCUAACAGAAUCCGCGAGAAGUUUUUGCAGCAUUUCAAGGAGUUAUACAAAGAAGAAGAGGUCUCCUUCCCUGACCACCUAGACAAUCUUAUCAAGCCAUGUAUCACAGAUGAUGAGAAUUACGACCUGUGUUGCACUCCCACACCAGAAGAGAUCAGAUUAACACUGUUCAAUAUGUAA